AUGAUGCUGCGAAUGAAGAAGGUUAUUCUUCUGUUUGCGCUUACAAUGAAAUCGUACGGGUAUGGCAUUGGUCCACUGUAUUCGUUGCUGCAGAAUUUCAGAGACCAGUACAAUGAAAUCUUAAUGAGUGAGUACUGUGCUCAGUUUGAGCGAGAUCUUGAAAAGGAUAACUACGCACCGAUAAAUGUCGAAAACGAGGAACAGUUCCGAGCGAUCAUAAAGGAGUUCCCCUUCUACAAAAGGAGCAUGGAACAGGAACCGUUUCCUCGGAAGUUUCCUUACUCUCGAUUUGUUGUGUCUGCUUAUUCCAAGGCCAAGUUGUACCUUCAAGGAUGUUUAAAGUUCAUGGAACAUCUUCAGCUGACCCACUCUGAAAUGGAUGAUACCGUGAGAAGAUAUGCGAACGUGUUGCUUUCUCGUUGGUCUGGAAGUUUGAAGUCGUUUGUGGAGAGGAAACUUUCUCUAGUGCAGUUGGUGCAAAUUACAAUCAACAUUGGCUACCUGGAAAAAUCAUGCGAAUCUCUGGGAGUGUAUAUCACAAAGUUAACGAGCGGCAACGAACUGAAUGUGUCAAUGACGGCUCAUCAGCUCUCUUUGACGGAGCGAGUGUUUCGGGAUGCCAGAAGCGAGGUGGAACAGCAGAUUGAAGUGUGCAUUCGAGAUAAGGUUGACGCCUUCAUCGAGUUGGCACAGUACGACUGGGAGCUUCCUGCUUCAUCAGGUCACGCUUCCGACUAUAUUAGCGACUUAAUUAACUAUUUAUCGACAACAUUUCUAUCUUUCACAAAUCUUCCCUCGGUUUUGGCUCGCCACGUUUGUAUGCAGACCUGCAAGCAUUUGUCGUCACGGCUCUCGGAUGUGUUACUGUCCCCGGAUGUUAAGGCUAUCUCCAUGGGAGCCUUAGAGCAGUUCAGCUUGGACGUUAUGCAGUGUGAAAUGUUCACAGCGAGAUGUCCCGUUGCCGGUUUUGACCACAAUACGCUUCCAAUGACCUUUGCACACUUGAGGCAGUUGUUAGAGCUUGUAAUGAGCAACGACUGGACCUCCUACCUUGCUGAAUAUGGGCAAGAGAACGGGACGUAUGUUCGUGUUAACCCGACCACGGCAACGCAACUUCUAGAGAAGAUGAUCGAAUUUGAGAAGAAGAGUGCCGGUUUCUUCGGCAUCAACAAAGGCGAUCGAAAGAAGCUUUUGGAUACCAUUAUUCGACAGUUACGAGCGUUAUCUGCGCAAUAG